AAUACAGAAGGGUCAUCACGGAUGCCUAACUGCUAUCAAACAUGUAAAUGUGCAUUGUUAAAGCCUUUGAAUGCUAUUUUUGAUGUCGCUGCCCUACUGUGUAAGGUAAUAACAUUGCACAUUUUGGGUUGAUCUAUACGUUAUUAAAACCUUCGUGACAAUCCUUUUCUCCACAUUUUUGUUAUAUUGAAGUGUGUAUGAUAAUAUAUUUAUUUUGGAAUUGUUAGUUGUUUGUCUAUACCAUGGGACAAGCCCAGAGUGUGAGCUCAAAGCGGUUUCAAGAGGAGUAUUAUUUGUUUUUUGACGAGAAACCCGAAUGUGACAAUGCACAUUUAUCACCAAAGCGUAUAUAUCCAGGUUUUGGUAAGUAUGUGGUUGAUUACAGGUCAGAAUUUGAUCCUGCUAAGGAUGUGUCUGGGAUCAAGCUCGUUCACCGAAUAGACACGCCAGAUGUGUAUAACGUUUCGACUCACGGCGAUUUUUGUGAUGAUACAGAUACACAAUCCCGUGUUCAAACAUUGAGCCCGGUUGAUAACGUUGGAGGCAUAGACGAUUUUGCCUUACACACUGUUGCGACGCCAACGGAUGAUGAUUUCUCUAUAUAUGAAUACUGUAGUCCGUCUGGACGUCGUAUACGUGGUCGUUACGAUGGUGCGGCAUUUACUGAUGGGCGUAUAACGUGGCCCGAUGGCCGUCAGUACAAUGGUCAAUUGAAGGGUUCUGUUCCUCAUGGUUUCGGUACGUAUCAUACUUCCAGAGGCAAUGAAUACACUGGUCAUUGGAGCAUGGGACUUCAACAUGGCGAAGGUUCUUACACAACCUACAAAUCUGGUUGUCGCAUUCAACGUCGUGGUGUUUGGGAUCACGGUCAACUUGUCCGUUGGCUUGAUGACGACCCUCAGGAGUACUUUAAAUCUCCUGAGCGCAAAACGAUGAUUGAACGGAUUAUGGAGCCAAAUGGUGAUACCCCCGGUAUUUCACCUGUAUCUCGCGCUACAUCUGCAGUGCCUUCUAUGGCUGUCUCUCCUAUAUCUCAUGAUCAUACGGCAGGCGCUGGUUGCUCUGGUGAGGAUCCCGGGUGUUGAUUUAUAGGUUCAUAAUCGUAUUAAAAUGUUUACAGCA